AUGUGCAUUUCCAGAAUCGUCAAUUCAGAGCUUGUUUAUCGUGUACUCCGCAGCUGUUCCAAUUCAGGUAUCGAAUCUUUCCGUUUCUUCAAUUGGGUUCGAACCCAACACCCCCAAUACGAACCUACCACCGUUGAAUUUGAAGAACUCCUCAAAAUCUUAGCCAAAACCCGCCAUUGGGAGACCAUGUGGAAGGUCGCACACCAGAUGAAAACCCAAAAACUCCCAAUUUCAUCAUCUGUUUUUUUUAUAAUCGAGCAUUAUGGCAAAAACGGGCUUAUCGAUCAAGCUGUUGAGCUUUUUAACAAAUGCAAGAACUUUAAUUGCACCCAAACCACUGAAAUACACAAUUCCUUACUCUUUGCCCUUUGUGAAGUCAAGAAUUUUCAAGGAGCAUAUGCUUUGGUUAGAAGAAUGAUGAAAGAAGCCCAAAGUUUUUUAGAAGAAAUGAGUCAAAAGGGGUUCAAUCCACCUGUUCGUGGUCGUGAUCUUUUGAUUGAUGGCUUAUUGAAUGCUGGUUAUCUUGAAUCAGCAAAAGGGUUAGUGCGUAAAAUGACAAAAGAGGGCUUCGUAUGUGAUGUCACCACAUUUAAUACAUUAUCAGAAGCUAUAUGCGAAUGGGGUGAGAUUGAUUUCUGUAUUGCUCUCUACCAUGAUGUUUGUAGAUUAGGGUUAUGUCCUGAUAUCGAUACUUACAAGAUCAUGAUCACUGCAACUUCAAAGAUUGGGAAGAUUGAUGAGGCGUUUAGUGUUCUUUAUAGAUUAAUUGAAGAUGGGAAUAAACCGUUCCCGAGUUUAUAUGCUCCGAUUUUGAAAGGGCUUUUUAGGAAUGGAAGGUUUGAUGAUGCGUUUAGUUUUUUAGUGAUAUGA